CCCAACGGUAAAACGAGGGAGAGAAGGACAAAUCUGUCAUUAUUUGAAUUCCAACAACAAAAAAUUAAAAAAGAAAACUUCUUUUGCUCUACAAGUCUGACAGCUCUGCUUCUUCAGCCUACUCUCUUCUUCUUCUUCCCUCUCACUCUCUCUCUCUCUUCACUGCAAAGUUUGGAGGAGAGAGAAUUCUACUCAUACAUUUCACGAACAACAUCAACAAUUUUCCAGAAAUCUUCAAUCAAAUCCCUAAUUUUGAGUUAUUUUCUCGGUUAAUUAAUUAUAUGGCAGGUUACAUCGGAAUAUUGUGCUCAGAUCCAUGGCUUCAUAAUCAGUUCACUCAAGUUGAGCUUCGAACGUUAAAAUCUCAGUAUCAUACGCUUAGGAGAGAGAGUGGACCUCUUACGCUUUCCGAUUUGCCGUCGAAGAUGUCGAAGCUUAAGGUUGUUGGAGAGAAUUUGACCGAAGAAGAGAGAGAUUCGUUUCUGAGAAGUAAUUAUCAGAAUAUGAAUGAUGAAGUUGAUUUUGAGCUCUUUCUUAGGGUGUAUUUGAAACUGCACGCUCAUGCCAGUUCAAAAAUGGGAAGUCCAGCUAAGAAUUCAUCUGCCUUUCUUAAGGCUGCUACAACAACAUUGCUUCAUACUAUAAGUGAGUCGGAGAAAUCGUCGUAUGUCUCUCAUAUCAACAAUUAUCUAGGCGAAGACAAGUUCUUGAAGCAAUUUCUUCCUAUUGAUCCUUCAACCAAUGAUUUGUUUGAGAUUGUUAAGGAUGGUGUUCUUUUAUGUAAACUUAUCAAUGUUGCUGUUCCUGGGACGAUUGAUGAACGUGCAAUUAACAUGAAAAGAUUGCUCAAUCCGUGGGAGAGAAAUGAAAACCACACUCUAUGCCUUAAUUCUGCUAAGGCUAUUGGGUGUACAGUGGUUAAUAUUGGUACUCAAGAUUUCAUUGAAGGAAGGCGUCAUCUUGUGGUGGGAUUAAUUGCUCAAAUCAUCAAGAUACAACUUUUGGCAGAUCUCAACUUAAAGAAAACACCUCAGUUGGUUGAGCUAGUGGACAGCAGUGAGGAUGCAGAAGAGUUGUUGAGUCUUCCACCAGAGAAAAUCUUGUUGAGAUGGAUGAACUUCCAACUUAAAAAGUCUGAAUACAAGAAAGUUGUCUCUAAUUUCUCCUCUGAUAUAAAGGAUGGGGAAGCUUAUGCUCAUCUCUUAAAUGUCCUUGCCCCUGAGCACAGUAAUCCAAGGACAUUGACAGUAAAGGAUCCUCUAAAGAAAGCAAAUUUAGUACUUGAACAUGCUGAUAAGAUGGGAUGUAAAAGAUACUUGACAGCUAAGGACAUAGUGGAAGGUUCACCAAAUCUCAACCUUGCCUUUGUUGCACACGUAUUUCAGCAUAGGAAUGGGCUCUCUACCCAAACAAAAAACAUCUCUUUUCUUGAAACUUCUCCAGAUGAUGUUCAAGUCUCACGAGAAGAAAGAGUUUUCCGCUUUUGGUUAAAUAGUCUUGGUAAUACAAUGUGCAUUGACAAUGUUUUUGAAGACCUAAGGGAUGGAUGGAUACUCUUGGAGACGCUGGAUAAGGUCUCACCAAAAAUUGUCAAUUGGAAGAUUGCAAACAAGCCACCCAUCAAGAUGCCCUUUAAGAAGGUUGAGAAUUGUAAUCAAGUUUUAAAACUUGGGAAGCAAUUGAAGUUUUCAUUGGUCAAUAUAGCUGGAAAUGAUAUUGUGCAAGGAAAUAAAAAAUUGAUUUUAGCUUACUUGUGGCAAUUGAUGCGAUGCCACAUGCUCCAACUCCUAAGGAAUUUAAGGUUCCAUUCUCAUGGGAAAGAAAUCACAGAUGCGGAUAUACUAGAAUGGGCUAACAAUCUAGUGAAAAACUCAAGAGGGCAGUCUCGUAUGAACAGUUUUAAGGAUAAGAGUUUAUCAGAUGGAAUUUUUUUCCUUGAGCUUCUAAGUGCAGUGCAGCCAAGAGUAGUAAAUUGGAGCCUUGUCACGAAGGGAUUAAGUGACGAGGAGAAAACAAUGAACGCUUCAUACAUUAUCAGUAUUGCAAGGAAACUUGGAUGUUCGAUAUUUUUGCUUCCUGAAGACAUCACUGAGGUCAACCAAAAGAUGAUCCUCACUCUAACGGCAAGCAUAAUGUAUUGGUGCUUGAAUCAACCUGUAGAAGACAAGUCAUCCAGUUCUUCGGACAGUGAGAAUGGCAGUCAGUCAGAAACAAUGUCAAAUUCGACAAUGGAUGACGCUGCAUCCGAAUCAUCAUUAGAAUAGAUUGGAUGUAUAUAUGUGAUCACAAUGUAUAUGGGAACUUUAACUGAAGUUCCUUUAAUUACAACUUCAUGAUCUGUGUUUUUUUUUUCCAUUAUUUAACUAUACCGCCAUGGUUUUGCUUUACUUAUAGGGAGUGAGUGUUUGAAACCAAUUUUUAUAAAGAAAUUACAUGUGAAUAGUCAGCCUUUAAUAGCUUUUCUUGUUAUACUGUAUUUUAUUCACGGAAGAAUCAUUGUGGCGAUUAAUGUCUGCCGACCCAAAUAAUUUUGGGACUUUGGCAUAUUGGCAUUGAUGUUUUUGCUAUAUUUAUUUCAAAAUAAAAAGAUCCUAUUAUUUAGAA